AUGGAAACAAGACAGACGAACACCUCAGAUCCUUUCGAGGAUGUCCUCAACCUCGAAGAGCGCUUCUACUCAGAAGGUUACCAACUAGGCAUCAAAGACGGCAUCCAAGCGGGGAAAAUCGAGGGUCGAUCUUUUGGCAUGCAGAAGGGCUUUGAGAAGUUCCUCGAAAGUGGCCGUCUCGCCAGCAAAGCUGUCGUUUGGGCAAAUCGAAUGCCACCCAAAGACAUGACUUCCUCGGAACCCUGCACGUUGCCAUCAUUACCGAAAAAUGCAAGACUUGAGAAGAACAUCAACAUUCUGUACGCCCUUGUGGAGCCGGAGACACUUUCAACGGAAAACACGGAUGAAGCGGUUCAGGACUUCGAUGAUCGAGUUAAGAGGGCACAAGGAAAGGCCAAGAUUGUUGAAAGAAUGACGGGUGGCGGAAAGGACACAUCGGGGCCGUCAAGCCCGUGA